CGCGGCGCUCCUAAGCCCAAUCAGCGAUGCACCUGUCUUCAUUAACGUGGCUUGCUGCACGCAUGGCGGAAUGCUUCACCCUUCUCUCCUACCGCUCCUCCUGAAGAAAGUAGCUGCAGUGGUCUGGGGAGGCAACUCGUGGUCAUCGGCUGUAAUAAUGGCCAGGACUGGGUUCUGCGAUUCCAAGCCACUGUUGGACUUACACAAGAAGGCGGAGGAGAGGCGACCAGCCCUCCGAGCCUGGGCCAAUUCAAGUGAGCCCAAAGACCGCAGACACCCUCCAGAAGGAGAGGAGCCCAGGAGAGGCCAGAAGGUGGAGCCAGAGUGUAAAUGGGAAAGGAGGCUACCAGUGUCAAUAAAGGAGGGCAACAUCACUGGCUACUAUGAAAAUGAUCUAACUGCUUGGGUUGGCUUGUCGUAUGAGUUGCUCUACCACCAGGGGUUGGAAAGCCUGCUGCGCCGUGAGGUGGAGAAGGCCAUGGAGAAGCUAGACCUCACCUGGGACCGGGCCUGUGCCUGGGACAUGUUUGAACACAUGAUGACAAAUCAGUACAGAAACACCUUUGCCAGUGCUGAGCUGCCCAGGCCCUUCACAGACACCACGCGGGCCGUCCUGGUGGACUGGUUGAUCCAGGUUCAUGAGAUGCUGCAUUUCCAGGACGAGACUCUGUACCUGGCCAUCAGCCUGAUGAACCGGGGACUGCGGCAGAUCAAGGUGUCCACCGUCAACCUGCAGCUCCUUGGGGUGGUCUGCCUCUUUCUGGCGGCCAAGAAGGAAGAGUGUCUCGUCCCUGAGGUGUCGGAGCUCUGCUACCUGAUGGAUAACGGUUAUACAAAGAAGCAGCUCCUGCGGAUGGAGCGGCGAGUGCUCUCCGGACUGCAGUUUGACCUGAGCCACUGUUCGCCGCUGGACUUUCUGCUGUUCACCGCCUCCAUCGCACGGUGCAGCGCCAAGGUAGUGUGGAUGGCCCGGUACCUCCUGGAGCUGUCCCUCCUGGAGGGGGAGUGUGUUGUGUACCUGCCCAUGCAGCUGGCCGGUGCAGUCCUCUGCCUAGCCCGCAGGGUACUGCAGGAGCCCCCCACCCCCGACGGAGACGCCGCCUGGUGUAUAGCAUCCAUUAUCUACAUUGGCAGUGAGACCACUCUGCUGAGGAUCAUGCACAUCCUGGCGGGGGCAGCAGCCAAGGCCCACUGCCAAGAGAACCGGGGCACCUUCGUGAAAUACUCUUCUGCGUUGACAAUGCACGUCAGCAGCCACCCGGUUCUACAAAACGCGUCGUGUCUGCUGCCUGCAUACCUGAAAUGGCCGGAAUCGCUUGUGGCGCUUGCAUUGCAUGAAAAGAUUGCUGAGGCAUGGGUGCCACAAAGACUUGAUGAGGAUCUUAAAUUGUGAACACGUGGAGCCCCAAUUUCCUCAAGGAGGUGGUGAGAAGGAUCAUCCAAAAUGCUGCACAAAAACUAUUCUGCACAGUUGACUAAUGUAAUGCCUGUGAAAUGCCAACCGAUGGCUAAAUGUAGUUGUAUAUUUUUAAUGCUCUUAUCCUGCAGAUGAUUUUUGAAAAAUAUAUGUAUAAUGUGCAAUGUUGCUUCUGGUCUUACCUGUAUGGACUAAGUUGUCCAAUAAUUUGAUAAUUUUUAAUGUGAAAAAUAAAGUGUCUGCUGCAACUAGUAC